CAAGAAAUCUCAGGUUGGAUGGCGGUUGUGGUUCUAAACAAAUUCUGAAAGUGAUUUCAAAAUUGGUCAAUAAUUGAUACAAUAAAAUAUGUAAUAACAAAUUGAGUUGUUUCAGUAAUAAGCUGUUUAUGAACUCUACAUGUUUUCCCUGACUGCUUAUCUACUCUAUCAAACUUUUUCGGAUACAAAGGUGUCCGAGUGUUAAGAUGCACAGGGACAUAAGGUCAUUUUUCUCAGUUAAAAAAGCAAAGAAACCAGAGGAUGACGACAGUGAUGUCAUACCUGAGUCUCCCAAGUUAGCAAUUGUGAACAAGAAGAAACAAUCUCGAAAACGGAGGCAAAUCCAAGAAGAGUCUGAUGAAGAGAUAUUUUCACCACCAAAGAAAAAUAAAAAUGCGCCUAAACCUUCUCUAAAGGAGGUUAAAGCUGUUGACAUAUUUGGCAGUGCCCCAAUAAAAAGAUCUGAACCUAUAGUAAAAAAAUCCAAAAAAGUAACUGAGACAGGUAUACAUUCUGACGAGGAAUUCGAAAAGAGUUUAUUACAAAUUGACGAAGUUGAUAAUUCAUUGUGUCCCAAACCACCUACAAACGAUAAUCAUGUGUCUAAAGUGGAUAUUAUUAAAAAGCUAAAAGAAAAACCAGUUAAUAAUCAUGAUUCAAAAGAUAAUUUUAAUAGUUUUAAAAAAGACAAAGAAUCAGAAUCAAUCAAAACAGAGAUAUACAAAAAUGACAGAAAAUUAGGAAAAAAUAAAAACGAAAAGAAGGUUGAUGAUAUAAAAUCGAAAACUAAAACCCAUGACUCUAAAGAAAAAUCCACAAGAAAUUUGAAUAAAAAAGAAAAAGAGCCAACCUCUCAAAAGGGAAAAGUAGACAAAAUUGACAAUGAUCAGACAAUCGAUGACAUAAUUUCCAAAUCUAAAAAUCAUGACUCAAAAGAUAACUUAGCUUCAAGCAGCUAUAUAAAAAGAGACAAAGAAUCAACUUCUUAUAAGAGGAAAUUGGACAAAUUUGACAAUUGUAAGAAUACUGUUGACUCAAAACCUGAAAAUAUCAAGAAAGAAAAGGCAGAUUUCAGUGAGUUCCUUAAAGAUGAUGAAACAUAUAAUCAUGAAGACAAAUCAAGUGAACCUAAACAAAAAAGAGCUAAAUUGGAUAAGAGCCUGAAUAAUUCUGUCCUUACAGAUGAAGAAAGACACGAACGGAAAAGAUAUUCUGCUGCGUUAUAUCAGAAAUACCGAAACCGGUCUGGACCGAAGCACUUGGGAUCUAAAGAGAUACCUGAAGGUUUACCAAACUGUUUGAAGGACUGUGCGUUUUUACUAACUGGCGUUUUGGACUCGUUUGAGAGAGAUGAGGUUGUUGCUGCUAUUACGAAGUACGGAGGGUGUGUGAAACCUGGUAUUAGUAAAAAGGUCACUCACGUGCUAGCUGGCGAUGAAGCGGGGCCGGCGAAAUUAGCUAAAGCGGAAGAACUCGGCAUUCGAAUCAUUAACGAAGAUGAAUUUUUGAAUAUGAUAAAAGGCACAGAUAAAAUCAAAGCAUCAAGUUCCAAAGAAAUUAAGAAAGAAAAUAAAGUUGAAAAUAAAACGUCUAGUGCAUCACAAUCGAAAGAAAAGAAAAAUGUUAAUAUAGAAACGAAUAAAAAAGUAAAACAUGAAGGUUACACUAAUGGAAAGAAAGAAAGAUCUUUGUCGCCAAAAAAAGUUAAAAACGACGAAGUGAAAUCAGAAAAGAUAGUGAAUGGUGUACCCAAUAAGUCUGAUUCGGUAGAUAACAGCUUGAUGUGGGUAGACAAAUAUAAGCCUACAAACCUCAAACAGAUUAUAGGACAACAUGGUGAGAAGAGUAAUGUUAAAAAGUUAUCAAAUUGGCUGAUUCAAUGGUACGUGAAUAGAAAGGCGAAGAUACCCAAACCGAGUCCAUGGGCGAAGGAUGACAACGGAGCGUAUUACAAGGCCGCCCUUUUAUCAGGUCCACCUGGAGUCGGUAAAACCACAACAGUAUCUCUGGUGUGCAAGGAGCUGGGCUUCGACAUGGUGGAGUUCAAUGCAUCGGACACUAGAAGCAAAACUCUUAUACGGGAACAGAUCGGUGAACUUCUGAGCACUACUUCCCUAUCAGCAUACGCUAGGGGUUCAACCGGAAAAGGCGCUGUUUCAAAGAAACAUGUGCUUGUUAUGGAUGAAGUUGACGGAAUGGCGGGGAAUGAGGACCGCGGCGGUCUCCAAGAGCUGAUAUCGCUGAUAAAGUCCACAUCGGUGCCCGUCAUCUGUAUGUGCAACGACCGUAGCAGCGAGAAAAUGCGCUCGCUGCUCAACUAUUGCUACGAUCUGCGCUUCGAGCGGCCCAGGGCCAACCAGAUCAUGUGCGCAAUGCUGUCGGUCUGCUUCAAAGAGGGCGUGAAAGUUCCCAACGACGUGUUAACGCAACUCAUAGAGGCCGCCGGACAUGACAUCAGACAAACCCUGCACAUGUUGUCCGUUUGGGUUGCGGACUCGAGUCUCAUGGACGACGACCGACUGAAGAGAGAAGCCGGGAAGGUUAAGAAAGAUAUGAAGAUGGGACCGUGGGAAGCAAUCCGAAGGGUGUUCAGUGCGGAGGAGCAUCAGAAGAUGAGUAUAUACGACAAGAGCGACCUGUUCUUCACGGACUACAGUAUUAUGCCGCUUUUCGUUCAGGAGAACUAUUUGAACGUUGUACCACAUGGACCUGGCAAAGCAAGCUUCUCGAAGCUGGAAACUCUGGAACGCUUAAGCCGCGCUGCCGACAGCAUCAGCUCGGGUGAUCUCGUGGACGCUCGGAUACGACGCAACCAGGCCUGGAGUUUGUUACCGAUACAGGCGAUGUACAGCAGCGUGAUACCAGGCCAGUUUAUGGAAGGUCACAUAGCGGGGCAGAUCCAGUUCCCGGGUUGGCUGGGGAAGAACUCGCGCGCCAACAAAAUGCGGCGACUAGCGCAGGAGAUUCAUGCCCACACGAGACUCAGUACAUCCGGUUCAAAGUCCUCAAUAUUCCUGGACUAUUCGACACAUAUCCGCGACGCGAUCCUAAACCCGCUGAUAAAAGAUAAAACUGAAGGCAUCGAACAAUCCCUACGCGUGUUGGAAUCAUACAACUUGCUGCGAGAGGAUCUCGAUUCACUUGUAGAAUUAUCCCUAUGGCCGGAGAAGAGAAACCCGAUUGUGCUGAUUGAACCUAAGGUGAAAGCAGCCUUGACGCGAACAUACAACAAAACAGCGAGUGCGCUCCCUUACGCACCGGUCGCAGUAAAGAAGGGGAGAGGCGUAGAAGACAGCGAAAACUCACAAGAAGACUAUGAGGAGGUUGAAGCAGACAGCGAUCCAGAAAAUGAUACUAUGAUAAAGAAAAAGAAGAGCAAAGAGGCGGAAAAGGCUGGUCCUAGCAAAGCAUCGGGUAAAGCCAAGAAAAACGUACCAUCCAGUCCGGGCAAAGGAAAGAAGGGAAAAACAAAAGCAAAUAAUAAAAGAUAAAAAUAGAAUAUUAAAACAGUUAAAAGAGUUUUGAGACAACUGACAGAAGCGAAGCUUUUUACCUUCCACAAACUAAUGUUUACCGCCACCAUUGCCGUGCGUGUCAAAGCCAUCUAGAGGUGCUACACCUCCACAAGCUCGCUUGUUUCACUUUUUGUAAGUUGAGUAACUAUCUGCCCCAAGUGAACAUAGAUAGUGCCUCGUAAAUGUGUAUGUGUGUAAAGAGGAGUAAAUUAGCCGGCCGCAGUCUCCCGUCGUGUAGAAAAAAUUCCUCCCAAUUUUUUUUUUAUAUCUGCAUCCACUAGGCUAUGUUACAUGCCAAGUUUAACCAUAGCUUGGAAAAAUCAAAGAGGUUCGCAUACUAAUAUGAGGUAAAAGCUUUGCUACAAUAAACAAUCGUGAUUAAUGUACAAAAUAUAUUAUAAUGAGGAUGUUUGUUCUAGCUCCACCAGGUAACUUGUUAUUAUCAGAUGUAAUUGACACUUGAAAACAACUAUUAAAAUUUUGUUUUGUUUGAUUUAUUAUUCUUUGAGAUUAUUUUAUUUGUUUACUUGGUUAACAUGAAAAAUAUUAUGGCUGCAUAGGGACUAACUUGUGAUAGGAUGUAAAAAUAUAGGAGCUAAUUCAAUUGUACACAAACAUAAAAAUUCAGUUUAAACUAGUACUUUACUACUACAUCCUUUUCAAAAUGUUCUUUGUAGAAGGAUAGUGCGUUUUUGGACCUAUUAUUAUGGAUAUGUGUACAGUCAAUUAGGCCACUAUUCCUUUGCUUUUAAAGUAGUAUGUAGCAAAUGUUGAGAUCAUUAUGACAUACUUUAAUAAUAAUUAUGUAGCCUGUGGACAAACUGCUCAAGACGUAAGGAAAUAUUUUAAGUUCUCAUGUUAUUUGGAAGGACACUAAAAUAAAUAAAAUGAUUGCUUUAA